AUGACCAAGAAGGAUAAAGGACCAAAGUUUGCUAAUGUCACCACCAAGUCCGGAGAAGUCGUCAAGGUGUUUGAAGAUUUGAACGAUUUCGAAACAUUCAUUAAGAACGAAACUGAAGAUGAGGAAUUUGAUCACGUUCAUUGUCAUUUGAAGUACUAUCCUCCAUUUGUACUACACGAAUCGCAUGAGGAUCCUGAAAAGAUUAAGGAUUCAGCCAAUUCACAUUCAAAGAAGUUUGUGAGGCAUUUGCAUCAGCAUAUCGAAAAACAUUUGCUAAAGGACAUCAAAGAGAGAAUCAAGCUGCCUGAUUUGAAGUUUAAAGACAAGGCAAAGGAAGAAUCGUUUGAACACAUUGUAUGGAAGUAUAAUGAUGUAACCCAGUAUCACGGUAAAGAUUUCGAAAUCCAUAUUACCGUGGAGUGCCACAACGAUUCGGCUAUUGUAGAUGUCGAUUAUUUGACAAAACCACUAACAGCUGCCGUCGAAGCUUAG